AUGGCGUGCCCCAUCACCGUCUCCAAAUUCGUGGGUACCGUUUCCCUCGGCCUGCUCACGGGUCUGUCAUACUCCGCAUCCACCGUCGCAAUCCCAUCCCUCAGCCUCCUUCCCACCGCGGCCACGGCCUCCCGGUCUUUCAGCGAAGUGAAGCGCUUGAACCGCAAGCAUGGUCUGCGGCUGACCAACAUCGCCAACGGGUGUCUCCUUUUCGCAUUCUGCCUCUCCUCCAAACAGCGCAAGCACCCCUACUUGAUCUGGAUGUGCGUCACCUCCACGAUCGGUUCCUACGGCAUGGACUACUGGUUCCACCGCCAGGACGGCGUCAAGGCCUGGUUCCGGUCCGUCCUGCAGGACGUCGGGUGCUGCCACAAGGCUGCCCAGAAGCAAAAGAAGGAGGAGGAUAUCGUGGUCGUUGAGGCGGAGGAGAAUGUCAACGGGGAGAGUGUGGAGCGGGAGAUGGCCAUCGAGCGUCGUUUCCAACGGGUGCGGGCUGUUUUCUCGGGCGUUGCGCUGGCGAUGGGCAUCAUUGGCCUUUGGGGCGACCGUCGGCCUUGA